GUAGUAAUUGUCUUUGAGAAGCUCCCUCGGAGAAAGUCCAUAAAGGAUGUAUGUAUGUAUGUGUGUAUUAUUAGUUUCGAGUUUCUCAACUUAUCAGAAGCAAAACUAAAACAAAUUAUGCCUACCUAUCCUCGUGGAUGUUGAUGUCUCCCCCAAAAGUAUUUCAAAACAGAGAACAUCGAUUGUUUUGAGCACGAGGUAACAGCUGCAAAAGAUGUUGGAAGAUUUAAAUUAUUGUGCAAAACUGAAAACUUCAAAGAAAACAAAACAUACUAUUUUUCCCAGUCUGUAUUUCAAGGUCCUCUUUUAUUCGGGUCUUAAAAGUAAACACAUUUCCUUUUUAAAACUUUUGGGAAUCUUUCGAAUGAUGAAAUACAAAAAUGGAAUCAGACAAUUAACGGAGGAACAUUCAAAUAAAGAAAUCUUCCUGGCAGGUGCAACAGCUUCUCACCUGCGAGGAUAACGUGAAUGUCAUUCGCAGGUCAGAAUAUAACAGAAUUUAUUUCGUAGAGAAAAUAUAUAGAAGUUGUCACGAAAAUGGAAAAUUUUUCGUUUUCCCGAUUCCGUACUAAAACAUUAUUUUUAGAAAACGAGAUUGACCAGUGUAAACUAAAGACAUAAGAAAAUCGAAGAAUCGCUAGAUAUUGUCUUGUUUGUUUUGCCAGCAUUGAGAGGAUACCAAAUUAUUAAAAGUAUUAGGUAUUCAAUAAAACAACCCGGAGAAGAAGCGGCUUGAGCAAGAAAGAAGUGUAGGGAGAAACAAGAGACCUAAUCGAGUGUUCCUCCCUCCUUCUUGAGUCAAAUUCCUCUGGCAUUACUUUCUAUUCUCAAAAAAAUAUAUUUCUAAUAUUUGAUGUGAAUAUUGAAUAUUCAUAUUGUUAAGUUAUUUUCUGUGAACUCGUUUGAUUGGUCUCUUACACGUUGAUUGACACAUAGACAUGGGUGAUAUCUUAACUAAGUGAUCUGCUCAAGGGCAUUGUGAGAAACAUCAUUUCCUAAGGUGGGGUAUGAAAACGAUCGAAAUGAUGGUUGCAAAGUUUUUUUGUAUACUUAUUUCAGCUUUUCAGGUAGAGGGCUACUGCUCCACUAGAAAAUGUAAAAAGAUCUCUUUUGAUGAGCAACAAGAUGCCAGUCAUGACAAAGAGCUUGUCGGCCAUGUCUUCCACAAUUCUGUCACUUCAAACCCACAGCAGUGCUAUCUUUUGUGUAUGAACGACUGUCGAUGUUUGUCGAUAAACUACAAGGUUAAGAACGACAUCAAAUACUGCGAGUUGAACGAAGGCAGCCAUUUUACCAACAAAAACUCCCUGAAAAACAUCCACGGAAGCGUUUACUACGUACUGCGGAAAGAAUACACUACUAAGGUACUAAAUUUCUCAAUUUUUUUUAUUUUAUUUUUAUUUUUGUAUUUUUGCAAUGCAUCUUUGUAGCCUUCAUCUUGAGAUAAAAGGUGUUUAAUAGAGAAUAAUACAUGGGCGCGCUUACAUUUGUAAUUUCUCUUCGAGUGUUUCACUCGAUAGCUCACGAGUGAGCACAACGAAAGAGAAGAAUUUACCAAGUUAUUAAACUUUAUUACGUCAUAGGGUAUUUUUUUCCAGGAUUGAUUCCAGGUAUUCAUCUUGAUAUAUUCGCCAUUCAUUUGUUAUAUUAAAAACCGAAGAAGCUUCUGCCUGAUGAUAAACUACAAAACUAGGUCCGGUGGAUGUUGAUGUCUUUCCCAAAAGUAUUUCAAAACAGAGAACAUCGAUUGUUUUGAGCUCGAGGUAACAGCUGCAAAGUAUGUUGGAAGAUUUAAAUUAUUGUCCAAAACUGAGAACUUAAAAAAAACCCUACUAUUCUUCCCAGUCUGUAUUUUAAGGUCCUCUUUUAUUCGGGUCUUGAAAGUAAACACAUUUCCUUUUUUAAGUUUUUAUGAAAAAAGAUAAAUCUUUCGAAUGAUGAAGAACAAAAAUAGAAUUAGACAACUAACGGAGAAACAUUCAAAUAAAGAAGUGCUCCUGGCAGGUGCAACAGCUUCUCACCAGCGAGGAUUAUUUGAAUAUCAUUCGCCGGUCAAAAAUAUAAUAGAAUUUAAUUCUAGAGAAACUAUUGAAAACAAAUUGUCACAAAAAUGGAAAAAUCCGUCUUUUUCCCGAUUCAGUGGUAAAAAAAUGUAAUUGUUUUACAAAACGAGAUUGACCUAAGUAAUGAAGAGAAAUAAGAAAAUCGAAGACUCACUGAUCAGUUUUAUCGAAUAUUUGACAUUGGGCGAUCUCGCUUGUUUGAAUAUUCGAAAAAGGGUUAAUUUCAAGAGACCAUUAUGGCAUGGUCGGUAUGAAAAAUAGCCUAUCAGAGCGAGGCAUUAGAGAUUUCGGGAGCGAUCGUGAUUGCUUGCAAACUUGAUGAGAGAAAAAGCUAGGUUUUGCAACAUUUUUCUGUCAAAAACAAAACAAGAUCAUGAUAUUAAAAUAAUGAUGAAAACAUGUCUCAAUUUUUUCAUUAAUUUUUGCAUAGAAGGCUCCUAACCACAUCGUUCCAUGUACUGUUGACGUCAUGUGUACCAAUGGCUGCUGCAGGAACAAUCCGUGCUUCAAUGGAGGAACUUGCACUGAGAUCUGUCAGCCCACAAGUGUUCGGUACAACUGUUCCUGUCCUGUACCGUUUGUCGGUAAACACUGCGAGAUUCAGCUGAGAAGAAGCUGUCAGGAUUAUAAAGCAGCCAGGUCCACCGCCUCUGGAUUGUAUUCCGUCAUUGAUGACAGAAACCAAACUUUCCAAGUAUUCUGUGAUUUUGAUUCAGAGCCUGGGUUCGCUUGGAACCUGAUUGAGUCAUUCAAUUUGUCCAACAACCACCUUUUUAAGGUAAUUUUCCCAAGAUUUUAA